AUGUCAAGUUGAAAAUUGCAAAUGGCGGCCGUUGUUAUUGUUCGUACCGAAUUAACUAUUUGUAAAUUAUAUACCAAUCUUUUUAGCGAUUUUUCUACUGGACUGAUAUAUUGAUGCGAUACUAUAACUUCUUAAAAUUCAGCACGACGCAUUUUAUGUACGUUUUUAUGUGCUUCAAGUGAUUUUUCGGUAUUUUAUGUGUGUCAUGCAAAUGGGGUAAGCUGGAAUUAUCGGAUGUCGCUUAGGUUGUUUUGGAUAGUUUCAAUAGGAAAAUGGAGUGAAGUUCUGUGACCAAAAGUGUUAAAAUGGAAUCUGCAUAAAGUAUUUUAACUAUCGCGUUACGUAUAAAGUGAAAAAAGAGUCAGGAACGGCUGUAAUUUGCGAAUGUUCCAUGCCGUGACUGCACUCCCCCGUACAUUUCAAAAUGGCUGCUGCUCUUCACGAUGUAUGAGCUUUGCGUCACUGGAACAUAGAUCAGUGGACUCGAUUUGUGUAGCAAUAUCAGUGAUUCUAGUCUUGUGAUUCGUUGUGAAAAAUCGAAAAUAAGCCAAGAAGAAAGCCCCGAACGCACCUGGGGCGGGACAAAAGUGGCGUAUCAUAUGUUUUUGGAGUAGUGGACACUGGCCAUUAAAGACUGAUAUUGCCUAGCGAAGCGAUCGCGCCGGAUAGUUAUGUUGCGCUUGAAUUUCCAGGAUGAUUUUCAUCACAAUGGAAUAGAACUUGUGUGGAAUUGAACGGAAUGUGACAUUGUAUGAGAGCAUGGCAGCGGACAGCGACGGGCUAGGCUCGGCGGGCGGCGGCGCGUGCGGCGUGGUUGUGACCUGCGAGGGAGACCUGCGCGACCCGCGCUUCCCCGCGCGCCUCCGCCGCCUGCUGCGCGAGCUGCGCACCUUGCUCGCCGAGCCGCACCCCAACACACUCAAAGUGAACAAGGUGGAGCCGUGGAACUCGGUGCGUGUGACGCUCUCCGUGCCGCGCGCGGCGGCGGCCCGCCUGCGGGCCCUCGCGGCGGCCGGGGCGCCGCAGCUGCGGGCGCUCGGCAUACUCUCCGUGCAGCUCGACGGCGACCAGGCCGUGUCGCUGCGGCUCCAGCACGGGACCGAGCUGCGGAUCAACACGGAUGAAGAUGCGAGCACCUCCCGCGCCCAACCCAACGCCGAGCUGCUCUCGGGCCUCGGCAGUAUCGGGCGACUCCUCUCCGACGACGGAGCCUCCACCAGCGCCGAACCCCCCCGGGACAACUUCAAGAGUCCCAACACUGUGUGUCCCAUGGACGGCAAACUGCCGCAGAACAUACCUACCCCUACGUCGGACAGAUGCGAGUUCCCGUUCGGAAGUAUGACGCAAGCUAGGGUCAUACAUCGGAAAGAAAAUACGCUAGGCAUCCCCGGCCCCGCGACCGUCCGCCCGCCGGCGGAGUUCCCCCGCCCCUCCACGUCGUUCGCGGGCCCGCCCCCGCCCUACCCCGCCAAGACCCCCCCCAACGUGGCCAUGUCGUCGCCGCUGCUGGUCAACCUGCUGCAGAAUGACGCCGCCGCGCCCGCGCCGAGACCCAAGCUGCCCAAGCCGCACACGGCCAAGCUGGACACUCAGGACGGACAGAUGGAGCUAGCCGUGGGCCGCGCGCCGUUUGAGUACCGCGCGCCACGGCCGCCCCUGCCCCGGCCGCCGGCCUCGCCCGCGCCGCCGGCCUCGCCGGGGCCGCCGGGGCCCACGCCGGGGCCCGCGCCGGGGCCGGCGGCCUCCCCGCGCCCCGCGCCGCGCCCGCCCCCGCCGCGCCGCGCGGCGCCGCCGCAGAGGCCGCAGUUGCCGCAGCAACCUGUCUACAGGGCUCCGCUGACGCCGGGCGCGGCCGCCGGCGGGCUGCGGCCGCGCUUCCCCUCGCCCGGCUACGCGGCGGAGUUCGCGCCGCCGCCGCCCUACAAGCAGUACCCCAGGCCGCGCCUGCAGCCCGUCACCCACGAAGACCUGCAGGCGCUCAUGCCGCCCUCCACCACCUCCAUGGAUCAGAAGACGCAGUCCAGCUUCCAGGAGUUCCAACGUUACCAGCAGCAGUAUAACGCGCGGCAGCGCGCCGCCUCGGCGAGCGCGCGCGCCUCCGGCACCACGGCCGACUGGAACGAGCCGUACCGGGACUCCCUCGCGCUGGCGCUGCCCGACCUGCCCGACAUCGACCUCGACCAGCUGCAGCCGACGCUCGACGUGCUCGACGACUCCGCGCUCGCCUCCAUCUCCGACAACCUGCUGUACACCGAGUCGCGCGAGCAGCCGACCCCCGACGCCAUACUGCAGGAGAUCGCCGGCCCCUUCAACGGGCCGUACGAGUCGCCCGCGCCGAGCGUCAACUCCCCUCGCCUCCCUAGCGCGGCCGGCACGCCCGCGCCGAGCGCGCCGCCGCCGGCGCCUUGCAACGACGACAUGCCCCCUCCCCCUCCCCCCGCCGCGCGCCCCGCCGCCCGCGCCGCGCCGCCCGCCACCGCCACCGUCGGCUCGCAGGCCACCGCCCGCGAGAUCGAGGAGCAGAGCAAGCGGUACCUGAUCAAGACGCUGAUGCGCGACGACGCCGACGUCCCGCCGCCCAAGGAGGACAAGAAGCCCGAGGAGCUGACGGUGGCGCAGUGCAAGCGCGAGGGCGGCGAGCCGGAGAUGUUCGGCAUCGCCAAGACCACCCCGCCCGAGGACGACUCGCGCCCGGACCCGCUCAAGUUCCGCAAGAAGGACCCCCUCGCGCAGAAGGGCGGGAAGCCGCGGACCACCGGCGCUAAGGAGAAGCCGGCCACGUUGAAGGACAAAAUCGUGCGAGAAGUCAAGCCCGCCAAGCCCGCGACGCCGCGGCCGGCCCCGACCCCCGAGGCGCCCCGCUCGCCGGGAGAAAAGGAAUCCAUAAAGCUGAGGCUCAAACUGGAUAAGAACGAGCCCGUGGUCCAGCCCGUGUACAAGGCGGACGUCAGCUUCACGAACCCGCGGCCCGGCGAGCCCGAGCUGCGCGUCCCCCCCCUCCACAUCUCCCUGCGGGGCCGCAACUCCGCCGUCAUCAAAAACUCCAAGAAGGAGAAGAAGAAGUUCGCUCCGGGGGACCUCCACAAGAAACUCAAGAUCAGAAAAAACUCGGAGUCGGACGACAAGCAUCGCCGGGAGGAGGAGACGCCCUCGAAGCCCGUUGAGCCCGCUGACAACUCCAAGGACGAGUAUCUCCAGGUAAAGGGCCUGAAACUCAACAAUCAUUACGAGGGCGACUCGAUAAAAACAGAAAUCCCCGGCGACAACAACGUGGUCUAUCGCAUGAAAACGAUAUCCAAAAACGCCCAUAUAGUCACAAAAGACUACAAGCAUCUCAACAACAAAGUCCAAAGCUUGGACAGUCUAAAGAAGAAGAAGUCCAAACUGCUCCCCGACAGCGGGAAAUCCAUGGAGAAGGACCGAGACAAAGAGUGGAAGAACGACAUGUUAGACAAGGAGGGGAAGUACGCCCAGAACGAGGGCUACAGAGAGACGCCGAACAACCACGAGGCUAAGAAGAAGUUACCCGAGAAGGACGCGAAAUGUGAUAGUAAAGACAGUAAAGAUGAGCCGAACAGUGAAAGUGUUAGUGGUGCUAGUGAGUUGGAGAGUAGGUUGCUCAAGUGUCAUAAGGAGCGGACGCUCAGUGCUGACGACAGUGCGGACAAGUGCAGCGAUGACAAUAAGCUCAAACGGACUGUGGACGGCGUCGUGUCGCCCAACGGGCUCAUCACGGAGAAGAAGAGGAAGAUUAGCCAUAGUUCCUGCCCAGAGCCGGUGGGGUCCACCAACGUGGGCACGGUGCGGGUGUCGCCGCCGCGCGCGGCCGCGUCGCCGCCGCGGCGCCGCGAGCGCCCCAAGGACAAGUCCUACUGCAAGCUGGUCGCCGAGCGCGCGCGCCAGGCCUCCGCGCAGGACCGCCACGACGACAAGUUCGUCGCCAGGUCCCCGGGACAGGCGCAGGGCGAGGACUCGGGCAUUGAAUCCAUGGACGCGCUGUCGGAGAAGUCCCCGAACCAGGCCAGUCAGAGCCCGCCCGGCCCGCAACGAAAGGAACGCCUCGACAUGCCGCGAUCCACCUCCCCUACCUCCGUACAUCGCAUCAUAGGCGUCCCUCCUCCGGCCUCGGAUGAACUGCUCGAGAGGUUAGCGUUAACCGCACCCCCGAGAUAUGAGCCGCCGCCCGAUCUGGACGACUUGGGCGAUAUAGAGGCGGAGCUCGCGAAAAUGCACGGCGACCAUGACCAAUCACCGAAAGUUAACGGCGAUGACGCGCCGCGCAGGCCCCCGGACCCACCCCGACCUCCCACUCCGAUCCGACGCGACCCUGACCCCGAACCGAAGCCGGAGGAAAGCGUGAAAGAGGAGCCUAAGAAAGAAAAAGUGGAUGACUUCGAUCCGCUUCCGAGUAGGGUCAGUCCCCCGUUAUAUACGUACUCGAACCAGGAGAAAGGCGCGACGGAGGAGCCUGUAGUCAAGGAGGAAAAACCUGUAGCAGAAAACGGCGAGGCGUCGGAGGAACACAAGGAACCGGACCCUAAACUAGAGAGGCUGCCUAUGAAAGCCGAUUUCCCAGAUAAAAGUCUACUGGAACAACUUUUAAUAGAGAUCCCGACUCCGGAUUACGUGGCGAAGAGGCCCGAAUCGCCGUCCCCGUCGGCGUUGGAAAGGGUGGCUAGAAGUAGCGUCCGGACGAGGUCGAGCAGCAAGAUGAACAGCCCCGCCGACGGACCCAAGACACCCCGUCUCAGCCCCGGAAUACCCAAACUGGAAACCAGAUCCGACUCCCCCGCGCUCCAAAACCCCCCACGCAACUGCCUCAGGAGCGGCUCGGUCGAUAAAACGAGCCCGAAAACCGUGAACGCCGCAACGGUACCGGUCAAACCGGCGCCCGGGGCGAAACGGAAGCGGAGAGAGUCCGAAAGCUCCUGCGCGUCGACCAUCAGCUGCGAAGAGGGCCUGUCGCCCGCCGGGAGGCCUAAAAAGAAGCCCCGCCGCGUCGACGGCGUCAAACAACCCGGCGCCGAGGGCCCAAAGGAGGGCCGGAAAAAGGACUCGGAUAGCGAUAGCGACGAGCCCCUAAUCUGCAAGGUGCGAGGGAAGACGCCGGCUAAAGUAGUGAAAGUCGUGAAGGCGGUGAAGGGGCCAGUGGAGGCGGUGAAGGCGGAGGGCAAGGGCGCGGAGGGGGUGAACACGCGGCGCUCGGGCCGCCAGGCGCCCGGCGCGCCGCCGCUGCCGCCCGGCGCGCCCCAGAGGAGGAAGACCAGGAGUGCCGUGGAGCCGGGUCCGCUGGCGGCGGGCGUGCGGCGGCGGCGCUCGUCGCGCGACGGCAAGUGACGGCGGCGCCGCGCGGAGCCCCGCGCCGCGCCG